AUGCCAUGCUCAGCGUGUGUUAAGUUUAAGGCUGAAUGCGAUUACAGUGAGUUUGCCAAAAACCUGACGGUGAGUCAGCCCGAAGAGCUGAAGGUGGUUAAACCGCUGCAUGCUCCUCGAAGCCAGGAUGAAAUGACGGUUUUGAAAGAGAGGCUCAUAGCUCUCGAGGAGACGGUGAAACGGAAUGCUGCAAAAAGACGGAGCCAGGUGCUCCAGAGUGUACCGGAGCUUAAUGCAAAUCCAGAUAGCAAAAUCACUUUUAAUGUGCCAGUUAAGGUUCCUGAGCCUCGUUAUUCCCGUCAGCUCAAGCAAUGGGGGCCGUUCCGGUGGAUCUUGUUGGUGAGUUUGGACCCUGUCCUAUAUGGCAUGGUGAGGUCGGCAUUCAAACAGAACCCAAACCUAUCGCAGGUGAAGACGGCGCCGAAUUCAAGUGUACAGACUUUUGCUCCAGGGUUGCUAUGUAGUACACCGUUGGAGACACUGGCUCAUUUGAGGCAACAAAUCCAGGGCAUCUUGCCUAUUUCUAAGGUAGUGUGGAUGCUCAUUGACCGGUUUUUCACAGUGGUGUACCCAUACUUACCAGUGCUUGAUGAAAUUUAUAUCAAGACGGUGAUGAGGAAGUUGAUUGGUCCAGAAACUUCCUCAGAACAACCAACGCAGCUUUCUGCAAGCGAUGAGUUGGACUUUGCAAACCUAGGAGUUCUACUUAUGGUGCUUCGUUUUGCGUACUUGACUAUUUAUGACUGCAACGGAAGAAUUAAUGUCUCCUCUUCCGUGCCCCCACACUCCAUGCAUUAUUUAUCCCAAUACGAGAUCUCAGAUGAGUUCGCAAAGUUGGCUCAAAAGUGUUUGGGUCAGUAUAACCUUAUUGACGAGAGCAUUUUUGACGUCGUGCAGCUUGUGGGCCUUCUUUGCUUAUACAAUGAUGUCAAUCCUGAAAGCUGGAAUAGCGAUAAUGCCAAUCGGACAUUGAGCGCCUUGUUGAAUCUGAUGGCAUGCUGCCGCAGAUUGAAUCGUGAGCCCCACAGCUUCGCCCCGCAAGAUGAUACAAGCCCAAGAUGGAAUCUGCUCUGUCGAAAGAUGUGGUACACAUUUCUAUUCUUGGAUGUGUCGGAUGCUGCUUUUACUGGCAACUGCGUGAACAUUAACCCAGACACCUACGACGUCACCCUUCCGACGUUCCAACCGGAAGCUUCCAAUGUAAGAGACUAUGAGAUCGAAAAAGUGACGCUAAGAAGCUUUGAAAUUAAUAAUACAAUGAGAAAGUUGCUCACAGAGGGGCUUGCAAUGACGGGUAAUCUUACAGGAAGUGUGCCAAUACGAACGCUAACAGAAAAAGUGGAGGAAAUCGAAGACUUUCUUGGAAGGAUCCACGAGCAGAUCAGAAUUGCUCUACGCCACGAUCCGCUCAGUGAAGUUGACUCCUUCCACAGAAAUAGUCUCCUUACUGUCCUUCUGAAGGUGCAGUUUUUCAUCUUUAGCGUCUACACGCACAUAUACUAUAAUCAUUUGAAGAGGAAAGAGUACGGGCUUGCAACCAGUGCAGAAACUAAGCUCAUCACCUCCACGAUGCAGAACGUUAUACCGUUAUUGCCAAUGCUUCUCGGACACGUCAAAAACCCGUUUGCCGGAUCAACCGAUUUGUUCUCCAUAUCGCGGUUUGUGGAUUGCACCAACAACAUUCCAUUUCUUCUUGUGAGCUUGUUGAUCAAGUACAAGAGCCAGUAUGCGUCUAUGAAAUGCAACAAUAACCAUGGUGGUAGAAUGAGAGCUGAUCCACGUUAUAGUAAUCUCUUCGAGGCAUUGGAAAAGUACAUAGCCACGCUCGAUGACCUCAUGGUGAUUCUUGGCAACUUUUACAGUCUGUUGAAGGACAGAAAUGCGCUCUGCAAAAAGCUCGACUACGGGCAUCGGAAGCUCCAUGAAAUGUUAGAGGAUGUGGAUGGCUCGGCAGAAGACAAGGCUUACAUACGUACCUCUAGUCUGUUCUUGGAAGGCUGCAACCAGAUUAUCCGCGAGGGUAUCGACAGAGUGGAAUUCACCACCCUCAGACAAAGACAUAAGCCUCUGCCUUUGCCAAACCACUUGAGUACACCGGCAGACCUUUUCGAUAACCGCAUGUUUGAGAGUCUUGACUUCACUGCCAUUGAUGAGCUUUUAGACAUGCCUAUGCUAGAGAAUAUUCUUUAG